AUGGCAAGUUCCCCAAAACCCAAGAGUCGUUACCCCAUCCGAUCUAUUAGUCUGCCUUGCAGAUCACAUCCUAGUACUGUUGAAAUUGAGGAGGAGCUGAGCAAGUUCAAGAAAUUGGAGGCAUUAAGUACACCAACUGCAGAGAGAAUCAGCAAUAAUAAACUCUCAGGACUUGAGGACCUGUGCAAGCGUGUGCAAGAUCUUCUCAACUUGCCGUUGACCCAGAAAGCUAUAUUUUGCCAUCAAAAGGAGAGUUGUGUGGAUGACUUGCAGGAUGGAUUCAUGAGCCUGUUGGAUAUUUGUGGCAGUGCAAGGGAUCUCAUCUCACAAAUCAAGGAACAUGGUAGAGAUAUUCAAUCCUCCCUGAGAAGGAGAAAGGGUGCCUCCAGCAUCCAAAGCGGCAUCGCUAAAUAUACUUGCUUCAGAAAGAAAAUCAAGAAGGAUGCCAAGCAGUUGAUUGCAGGCCUGAAGAAAAUGGUCAACAGAGCUGGUCCCUUGGAGCAACUAGAUCAACAUGCCACCUUGGUUAUUAGAGCACUAAGAGAGGUGGAGGUAGCGAGCAUCUCUAUCCUUCAUUCACGUCUCCUGUUCUUGUGUGCCCCAACCUCAAAGCCAAAGUCAACAAGGCAAUCACUAGUUUCAAGAUUGCUGCAGAAAAGGGCAGUAGCGUGUGAGAACCAACUGGAGAACCGGAAUGAGUUGCAAAGCUUAGAUGUUGCGCUGCUUGCCUUGGGCAAAAGUGAUUCAGGUGAAGGCGAUAGAAUCGAGGCGGCACAAAAUAUUCUCAAGUCUUUGGAGAUUAGCAUUGAAACCAUUGACAAUGGUCUGGAAUGCUUGUUUAGGGCCUUGAUUAAAGCAAGGGCCUCUCUUCUAAGCAUAGUCUCCACUGCAUUGUGA